AGCAGUGCUACAGGCUGGAGUGGCUGGAGAGCUGGCCGUGGCUGAGGAACUGGGCUUGUGUAGUCUGAAGAAAAGGAGGCUGAGACCUCACUGCACGCUACAACUACCUGAAAAGAGGUUGUAGGGAGGUUACUUUGUGUUCUUUCAAAAUGAAUGGUGAAGAGGAAAUAUGGGAACAACUAGAUAGAGAACUUGACCACUGUGUUGUGGAUAUGAAGCCUUAUGUUCUAAAGCUGCAGCACAGCUCAGAAAGGCAGAGAUGUGCACUGUGGAUUAAAAAGCUGUGUGAGCCCUCAGGAGCAGGCACAGGAGUGGUGGGAAGGAAGAAUCGGAACCUUCAUGCAAAACUUCUGCUCCACAUGCUGAAGCGAGGUGUGCUGGAGGGUCCUUUUGCACAUAAACCAGAACCAGGAAGACUGAAAACUCUGCCUUCUUACAUGUCAAUUUAUUUUGAUGAACCAAGUUCAAGAAGUGUUCGGACUAGUAGCCCAGACUCCUUGCCUGACUGGGUAGUGGGAGAGCUAGGAAACAGUGAAUCUAAGUAUGAGGAAUCAUGGAAGACAUCUUCUAAAGAGGAGUCAUUUUUAGCAACACCACUUACAUAUGGGGAAAAGCUCAAGCAUAAUGAGAAGCCAGAAUUAAGAUCACAUUCUAGGAGUCCUCCUCCCCGGACAGAUGAAGAUAACCUUGCCACAUCAUCAUCUGACCAUCAUCAUCAAAAACCCAUUUCUUUGGAUGACAGUGACCUGGAAGCACGUCUGCAUAGUUGGAAUCUUGGGUUGGAAAAUCCAAGAUACUUGCGGGAAAAACCAGUGCCAGUGACUUUGAUGACACCCAAAAUUGGCCUAGGAAAAAGCAGCAGCUUCCGUGAUCAACAGGCACAAUUUCGAAUGUAUGAAAAAGAGCUGCAGAUAAAAAUGAAAGUGGCAGAAGGGAAAUUUCAUGAAGAAAAGCUUACAUUACAGCAGAAGCAUGAUGCAGAAGUUCAAAAGAUUUUGGAUAGAAAGAAUGAUGAAAUAGAGGCUUUGAAGUCCAUCUACAAAACCAAACAAAACGAAGCUGAGGAGAUGAUAAGAAAGCUGCAGAAAAAAGUUGAGAUCGUCGUUCGUGAGUUACAAGUCGUCAGAGAAGCGAAAGAGAAGCAGAUUGAGGAACUAAAGAAAAUGUGUGAGCAAAGCAAUGAAUCUUUGAACAAUGAGUGGGAGAAAAGGCUUCACAAUUCUGUGGCUGAGAUGGAGAAGAAGAAUUUCACUAUUCAGAAGCAGCACACGGAAAACAUGCAGCAACUGCUUGAGGACACCACUGGUCGUCUGAGGAAGAUGGAGGAAGAUUAUUUGGAACAGCUAAAUUCAACUAACCAGACUGUCAAAGAACUGGAGGCUCGUGUCCAGCAGUUGACUGUGGAGGUUGAAAACAGUAAUUUGCAGCGUCAGAAGUUAUCUCAGGAAAAGACUGACGCAGAACAGCGUUGCCAGACGUUGGGCUCUGAACUCCAGGCAUUGAAAGCAAGGUACAGCUCUCUUCAGAAAGACAAGGACCACGUUAGACAGGAAUAUGAGGACAACAUUCAACAACUGCAAAGUAAAUAUGAUGCAGAAAUAAAUUUUAUAAAGCAGGAACAUGCUCACUCUGCAGCUAAGGCAUCUGACAGGAUUGCAGAGUUGCAGAGCAGUGUGUCUCUCUUAAAACAGCAGCUCCAAGAUGCAGAAGAUAAAAGGCAAAAACAGCUGAGGGAUCAAGAACACAAGUUUCAAGAGGAAAAACAUAACCUGGAACGUGCAUCUGAAAAGCAGAUUCAUGACCUCAGGAAUGGUGUUGAGAAGGAAAGAGAGGACGCUCAAAAGAAAAUUCGUAGGCUGGGAGAGUCUUUGAAGGAGAAGGAGGAGCAGCUGACUCGGGUGACAGAGGUACAGAGGCUGCAGGCCCAGCAGGCAGAUGCUGCCCUGGAGGAGUUUAAGCGGCAGGUGGAGCUGAAGUCAGAAAAAGUCUAUGCUGAAAUGAAACAGCAGAUGGAACAGGUUGAAGCAGAUCUAAGCAGAUCAAAAUUGCUCCGGGAAAAGCAAUCCAAAGAAUUCUCCUGGCAACUGGAAGAGGUCAAGCAAAGAUACGAGCAACAGAUAGUGGAGCUGAAGCUGGAGCGUGAACAGGAGAAGACGCACCUAUUCCAGCAGCACAAGGCAGAGAAGGACUGUCUGGUCCGAGACCAUCAACGGGAGAUGGAGAAGCAGGAGAAGCAGCUUCGAGCUGCCAUGGCACAGCUAGAGAGUACAACUCAAGAAUGCAGGAAACAAGAUGGCCAGGUUAUCUGUGACUUGGAGAACAAAGUCCUCAAGCUGAGGGAAGAGCGGGUUCAGUGGGAUGCUCAGAGGAAGCAGCAGCUGCUGGAGCUGAGGCAUCAGUGGGAAGAGGAGAAGCAGAAGGCAGCUCAAGACCAUGAGGCUGAAGUGAAUAAGCUGAAAGCAGAGGCAGAAAUAAUGACACUACAUCUGAAAAAGCUACAUGCCCUAGAAAUGGAGAAGGCUGUAGACAAGGCAAACAGCCGGCUGAAGCAGACUGAGGAGGAGUGCAGUCAGAAGCUGGCCAAAUCCUCACAGAUCAUAGCUGAACUUAAGAAAACCCUUGCCUCUCUGAGCGAGGAGCGCAGCCGGCAGCAGCGUGCGGCGGAGCAGCGGCUCCAGGAAGUUGUACAAAAGUUUGAAGAUAAGAAGCAGCAGCUGGUUACAGAUAAUGACAGAGCAAUCAAGGCCCUACAAGAUGAGGUGGACACCUACCGCAUCCAGGCACAGGCUGCCGAGAAGCUGCUGCGGCGCCGGGAGCUGGAGGUCCAGGAGCAGGUACUCCUUAUACGACAAGAAUAUGAAGCCACGCUCAAAGGUCUGUUGCCAGCAUCUUUGAGACAGGAAUUUGAAGACACCAUUUUAUCUUUAAAAUCUCAGGUGAACAUUCUGCAGAACAGAGUCUCUCUCCUGCAGGAAGAGCGGGACGCCUGCCACGCCAAAAGGUAGCUGCUGGAGCGGUUGGAUCUCUCCGGUUGCCAAAUGGACUGCUUUGAAUAGGUUUGAAGAUUUGGCUCUUGCAAAUUAAAAUGCAAAGAUCAGUGGCAGUUUUGCUAGCACAUAAAGUAUAAUGAAAUUUAUUAAAACACAUCCAUUGUUCAUGCCAGCAUGUUUUUAGUUGUAUCUUCCUUCCAUUAUUUUUUUAUCAUUAUCUUAUUACAGACUUAUGCUUUUGAUAUCCUGUCUUUGACCCCAUGCUCAGCUUGCUCACUGAGCAACUACUAAUAUUUUUGUAAUUUCUUCCCAGAGCCAUUCUCUUCCCUUUUAUACAUGCAGAAAAUCCCAUUUUCUAUUCUUAUUGUCCAAGAUAUUUUAACAUAUUUUGACAUUGUUUUCUGUCCAUGGGUUUACAUAAUAUUAAAAUAUUAUUAUUUUGUGCUA